GGUAGUUAAAGCUUACUCCCGCGCUCUAGGGAAAUUGGGCACUAGUUAUAAGCCACUAUCACUCGACCCCACAAAGUUGAUAAUUAACCCUGGCUCAACAUGGAAACACCUAGAGCAGAACAUCACAUCAUAA